AUGGCGGCGUCAGCUAAGAAGAAGAAUAAGAAGGGCAAGACCCUCACGUUGAAUGACUUCCUGGCAGAAGACGGAGGCAGCGGCGGUGGUGGUGGCGGCGGCGGCGGGCCUCCUCCUCCCAGUUACCCAUCCAAGUCCACAAGCUGGGCUGAUGAGACUGACGACCUGGAUGGAGAUGUCGCCACAUCGUGGCACACUGAGGAGGAUACGUACAGGGCACCACCCAUUGACCGGUCCAUCCUGCCCACGGCCCCUCGCUCGGCCCGUGAGCCCAACAUCGACCGCGCCAGGCUGCCUCGUAGCCCUCCGUACACCGCCUUCCUGGGGAACCUGCCCUACGACGUCACAGAGGACUCAAUAAAAGACUUCUUCCGCGGCUUAGCGAUCAGCGCAGUCCGUUUGCCUCGAGAGCCCAGUAAUCCAGAGAGGCUGAAAGGCUUUGGAUAUGCUGAAUUCGAUGACCUGGAGUCCCUCCUGAGGGCCCUGAGUCUGAAUGAAGAGAACCUUGGAAACCGAAGGAUUCGUGUCGAUAUUGCAGAUCAGUCAAAUGAUAAAGAAAGAGAUGGAUCCAUGGGAGGUAGAGACAGGGGUGGACGAAUGGCAGACAUGGGUCCUGACAAGACGGACAGCGACUGGAGGGCUCGACCAAGUGCGGACAGUGAUGAUGGACCUCCGAGGAGGGAUGAUGCUUUUGGAGAAAGAUCACGGGACCGGUAUGAGUCCGACCGUUUCAGAGAGGGGUCACGGCGGGACGACCGUUACGAUGGAGGAAGAGACCGCUACCGGGAUCGCUAUGAUGACAGGGACCGCAGGGAUCGCUAUGACGACCGAGACCGCAGAGACUUUGAUAAAGGAGGCUUUGACUCCCGCGGAGGUGGAGGAGGUCGUCGUGCCUUUGGUAGCAGCUUUCGUCGAGAUUAUGAAGACGGUCGAGGUAGCAGUGAUCGUUACGGCGACAAGGAUCGCUAUGCCGACCGGGAUGAUCGGUACGAGAGGCGAGAUGAGAGGCGUGAUGAGAGAGCCCCUCAGCAAAGACCCAAGUUAAACCUGAAGCCUCGCAGUGUACCGAAAGAGGAGGAAGGUACCAGCAGCGGGGGAACAUCCCCAGCUGUCCCUCCAAGCUCUGGAGCCAGGUCUUCCUCCAUAUUCGGUGGGGCAAAACCAGUUGACACAGCAGCUAAGGAGAGGGAGGUGGAGGAGAGGCUGAAGAAGGAAGAAGAGAGGCUGCAAAGACAACUAGAGGUGGACAAAAGCCGGGGACCCGAGAGAAAGAUCAGGGACAGGGACCCCAGCUGGCGCAACGAAGAAACUCUCUCUGAGCGAUCCCGCACAGAAAGCGAGUCUUCACAGCCAGGAAGCACCUCUGGGAGAGGGUCAAGGUGUUUAGAUGGCGAGCGCUCUGGGGAGAAUGAGGUUUUCUCCGGGAGAGAAGGGAAUUCUUCCCCCGUUUCCUCACCGCGGCCGACCUCCACGAGCUCCUCGAAGGAGCCGCUGAAAGUGAUGCCCGCCCCGCCUCCCAAGGAGAACGCUUGGGCCAAACGAAGUGCUGUGAGCACAGGCUCUAGUGAGGGAGAGAGUCGACCCCCGGUCUCUCCGGUCUCUCCAAGUGGUUCUGCUCCCCCCAAGUUCAGCUCCCCAAGUUCUGGAGAUGAAAGAGGGUCUGGAAAAGAUGAGAACAAGACUGAUGGUGUGCGUCGGGACCGAGGGGCCCCACGGGGGCGAGGGGGGCCUGCAGGGCCUGGAGCUGGGCGGGGCCGAGGAGAGGUGCCCAGCAAAGACAGAAAAAAGGAGGCAGACAGAAAGGACAUCAGAAGAGACUCCCGACCACCUCCAGAGCCAAAGAAAUACGAGGAAACCCCAAUCCCCAAGUUCAGCUCAGCCAGCAAAUACGCCGCUUUGCUAAUGGACGGAGAGCAAGGAGAUGACACCGAGGACGUCGAGUAAAUGACGAAACGAGGCCUGCUAGCGCAUCAAGAGGAUAAAGUGACAAACUCCAGAAAAAAAUUUAAAAAAUUAAUCUCACAUAGUCUAUGAAAAAUAAAUCUCACACGGAAGUGGCUCUGAGGGGAGGGGGCCACUCUCUCCCUGACCCCCCCCCCCCCUUUCCUCCCUCUCCCUUGUUUUCCUGCUACAAACCUGUCCUUGACUUUCAGCCCACCAUCCCUCCCUCCUCCCCCGGCCCACCUUCAGGACUUUUCAGGUUCUAGAAGAAAACAGUCACCUACUGGACUUGUUUUAAAUGGAAAUGCUGACACAUGGAAACGUGAUGGCAAGCAAUGAAUUAAUUGUAAUAAAUAAAUGGAAAAAGUGAGGAAAAAGA